AUGUUCCAGUCUGAGUCAGCAUAUGUAGGUCGCCAUAUCAAGGUCAGCUCCCAAGAUAGCUACAGCCAGAGCCACCAUCUGCCAGAGCUGCUUCUUCACCUGCCAACUCAUCUGCCAGAGGACUCCAUUUCCCAUCAUGCUGUGUUUUCAUUAGUGUCUACCUGGCAGCAGUGGGAGGUGCUGGAGGCUGUUAUUGGCCGCUUAGAUGAGCCUUUUCAUGUGACAGUGCAAUACUCUUCCUGUAGCAGCCAUGAAGUUGGAUUUCUGGCAUUUGAUUCACUUGAGUUGAAGGAUUGUGCCAUGGGUGAUGAUUAUUUGGAUUUGGGUUCAGACUGUGAGAAAUACUCAUCACUUCACUGUCAUUCUGGAGGCUGCAUUGAGAAGCGAAGAGUGUGUGAUUUUCAUACUGACUGUCCUCAAGGGGAAGAUGAGGGCUUAAUAUGCAACUCCUUACCUUUGGGCUCAUACUGUUCAUUUGAGUUGGGCUCAUGUGGAUGGUCAGUGGCUGAUUCACCGUCAUCUUGGAGACUAGUUAGUGGACUACAGCUGAAUGAAGACUCAGAUCUACUGGGGGCAACUCUGCAAAACACUCAAGGGCACUUUCUUUUUUUAAGGGUCAGAGGUCGUGGUGAUGAAGGUGAGGCAUUGGUUCAAAGCCCAGCUCUCCCUUCAACUGUGUCCAAUCAGGACUGUCAGUUGCAGUUCUCUCUGUACCUGUGCGGGGAUUUCAAUGGAACAGUGCUCCUGUCAGUGGUGGAGAAUGAAACGUCAGCUUCUCCACUGAUUUGGGAGAGGUCUGGACACUGGAAGGACACUUGGCAAGAGAUCGCUCUGCCGAUUACAGUGAUCUUAAAAGGCUUCCAUCUUAAAGUGCAGGCCUUCUGGACUUCUGGAUCUAAAGCUGACAUUGCACUGGAUGACAUUUCAUUGAGCGCAGCAUGUUUUGACACAGAACUAAAUGAACUGCUUCUUGGACAAGGACUACUGCAUGAUUUAGACUCCUUCAGUCCUCUCCCAGAACCCUUAGCGUCAGAGGCUUCCCUAAUGACGUGGUGGUUUACGUCCUGUGGAGCAAGUGGACCUCUAGGCCCAACUCAAGCCCAGUGUGACAGUGCCUACCGCAACAGCAACGUCAGUGUGGUGGUGGGGAAGGAGGGCCAUCUCAAAGGUGUUCAGAUGUGGAGGGUUCCAGCUACCAAUAUGUACAAGAUUUCAGCUUAUGGAGCCGCAGGAGGCAAAGGAGCAAAAAACCAUAACAAACGGUCACAUGGAGUCAUCAUCUCAGCUAUCUUCCCACUGGAGAAAGGUGACAUACUCUACAUCCUAAUUGGACACCAAGGAGAAGACGCAUGUCCAGGAAGGAACCCCCUGACCCAUAAAAUCUGUCUUGGGGAGUCUUCUGUGAUAGAAGAUGGUUUCGACAGCGAUGGUUCAGGCUUAAAGAGGGCAGGGGGCGGAGGUGGUGGUGGAGGAGCCACAUAUGUUUAUCGGAUGGAGAACGGGGAACCAGUGCCUUUGCUGAUUGCAGCAGGAGGAGGAGGAAAGGCCUACCUGGAAGACCCUGAGAGCAGCCUGGACCAGAUUUUCCUGGAACAAUACGAGAAUGACACCUCCGCCCCUGGUGUCAAUGGCAAAUCCGGAGCAGCAGGUGGAGGAGGUGGAUGGAGCGACCUGUCUUUUCUCGCCUGGGCAGGGAAAUCUCUUGUGGAAGGAGGUCAAGGAGGCUCAUCCUGUCCUGAGGCUUUGUCAGUGCUGGGGUGGGCUACAUUUGGAGGGUUUGGGGGAGGUGGGGGCGCUUGCACUGCUGGAGGCGGUGGUGGAGGAUACAGAGGCGGUGAUGCACCCCUUCUUGAUGGCAUUACAGCAGAUGGACAUGACGGCGUCUCUUUUGUUCACCCCAUGGGAAAGAUAUUUCUACAUCCACUUGCAGCUAUGGAGAGUCAUGGGGAGGCUGAGAUCGAGGUGUAUCUAAACUGCAGCCACUGUCAGACCCAGAGUUGUAAGAGAGAUGAAGAUACCAGACUCAUCCUCUGCCUGUGCGACAGCGCCGAGGUUCUUGCAUCAGACAACGUCACCUGCCUAGUUGUCCCACUGGGCUCUCUGGCAGACGGACCCCCAUCUCUGAUAUUUAUCCUGGCAGUGAUUGCGUCCACAGUAGUCACGGGUGUCGUUCUGACCUGUGCCAGCCUCACGCUCAUCUAUUACCGUAAGAAGAACCACCUGCAUGCGGUCAGGAUUCGACUACAGAGCCCAGAGUACAAGCUUAGCAAAAUCCGCUCGUCCACCAUAAUGACGGACUACAACCCCAACUACUGCUUCGCUGGCAAGGCGGCCUCACUGAGUGAGCUUAAAGAGGUUCCACGCAAGAACAUCACCCUCCUCAGGGCUUUGGGACACGGUGCCUUUGGGGAAGUGUACGAAGGACAGGUUUUGGGUAUGAAUGGAGAGAACACAGCCAUGCAGGUUGCUAUAAAGACUCUCCCAGAAAUCUGUUCUGAGCAGGAUGAGAUGGAUUUUCUAAUGGAGGCUCUGAUUAUGAGUAAGUUCAGCCAUCAGAACAUUGUGCGCUGUAUUGGCGUCAGUCUGCAGAUCCUGCCUCGCUUCAUACUGCUGGAGCUCAUGACAGGAGGAGACAUGAAGACUUUCCUCAGACUAAACCGCCCCAGAACUAAUCAGCCGUCUUCUCUAAGCAUGCUGGAGCUUCUGCAUAUGGCCAGAGACAUUGCGCUUGGCUGUCGUUAUCUAGAAGAGAACCACUUCAUCCACAGGGACAUUGCAGCACGAAACUGCCUUUUGACCUGUCCUGGUCCAGAGAGAGUGGCUAAAAUUGGAGAUUUUGGCAUGGCUCGAGAUAUUUAUAGGGCGAGUUACUAUAGGAAGGGUGGCCGUGCCAUGUUGCCGGUGAAGUGGAUGCCACCUGAAGCCUUUCUAGAGGGCAUUUUUACAUGCAAGACUGACACCUGGUCUUUCGGAGUACUGCUGUGGGAGAUUUUCUCUCUUGGAUACAUGCCUUAUCCAUGCAAGACCAAUCAGGAAGUGCUAGAGUUUGUAACAGGUGGAGGUCGUAUGGAUCCUCCUAAGAGCUGCCCAGGCCCUGUUUAUCGGAUCAUGACACAGUGUUGGCAACACUGUCCAGAACACAGACCAAACUUCUCGACUAUUUUAGAGAGGAUCAACUACUGUACACAGGACCCUGAUGUCAUCAACACCCCUCUGCCAGUGGAGUAUGGUCCAGCUGUUGAAGAAGAAGGUGGCACUGUGAUCCGUCCUGAAGGAUCAGGCAGUAUGACCCCUCGUCUAGUGGCCCACCCUAUGUCCCAGGAUGCUUCCCCUCGACUGGGCAUCACCGGUGCUGCCCCACAGGCCCUCAAACCUUCAAAGCUACAAAGACCGGUCCAUCUCACACAGGAUGUGGGCAUGUACCGAGAGACAUUGGAGACUUGUUGGGCUGAGCCGGUUCCUGCUCCUGGAGUCUGUCCAGGACAGUGGCUUCAAGUUCCAGAGCACCGGCCGUGCUCCAGGAGUAGUUCAUCAUCAGGCAGCCAGAAGCUAAAGAACAAGACAAAAAACCUUUGGAAUCCCACCUAUGGUUCCUGGGUCCUGGAGAGUUUUGGACGAGGGAAGACAGCCCUGUGCCACACCCAGUCCAUGCCUCUGUCUUGCAACAACACGUCCAUGUCUGUCCCGUCAGAGUUCAAUGACCCUGGAGUAGAAGUUAACGCAAAUGUCUCAGCGUCUCCACCUCCAUCUGCUGCAUCCUCCCAAACUGCAUUCAGUCCGACAGGGACUUCCUCUCAGAAGGGUUCAGCAGGGGCUACGGGCGGCUCGAUUACUGCAGUUAUGGACUUGGCAAAACUCCAAAGCUUCCCGUGUGGCAACGUAAACUAUGCGUAUGAUGAGCAGACUUACGAGACUGAGAGUUUGCCUGUAGCUGUGUCUAAAUCUGUGGAGCCCAACACAAGCUCUUCAGCUACAUCUUCACUGGCUGCCCUCGGCCUGGCCAAAACAUUUACCCACAGACCACAGGUUAAGCGCCAUGCUAGCUACGGACAUGAGGACAUAAGGAGGUACACCCAGUCUGAGAAGCCCACGAGGGACAGAGAUUCUGGCUUUUCCUUGUCUGAAGACCUCAGUGUCACCCCUGUGUAGAGUUGAACGGUCCAACUGAGAAAAUGCCUCAUUUCUGGUGUUAUUUAGUUUUUGGCACAUAGGUAUUUUACUGCAAUAACUGCAGUGGAUUAGCUAGAGGUGGAAUGACAGGUUAAAGCUGGAAUACGCUUUACGACUUUUGAAAUCUGAAUAUAUUUUAAAGCACUAGGCAAACACUAGGUAAUUAAAAUUGUCAUUAAUUACUCACCCUCAUGUCAUUUAAAUACGUAUGACCUUAGCUCAUCUUCAGAAAAUUAAGAUAUUUAUGAUGAAAUCCGAGAACUUUCUGACCCUGCAUAGACAUCAACAUGACUGAAACAUAGUAAGGACAUCAUUAAAAUAGUACAUGUGACAUCAGUGGUUCAACCGUAAUUUUCUAAAGCCAUCAGAAUACUUUUUGUGCAAAAAAAAACUCAAAAACAACAACUUUAUUCAACAAUUCUUCUCCUCUUCAUCCCCUACUCCACUAUUAUCAAGAGUGCCAUGUUGCAUCAAAAAACGUCAAAAAGCUCUUGGAUUUAAUCAAAAAAUAUCUUAAUUUGUGUUCUGAAGAUGAAUGAAGAACUACAGUGAGUAAUUAAUGACACAAUUGUCAUUUUUGGGUUUACUGACCCUUUAAUGAUCGAAGAUGCGAUCACAUUUUUUACCCCCUUUUUUGUUUCCUGCAAACAAUUUGAUUGUCAAUAGUGUCGUAAUGUAUGAAGCAGAGCUCAUACCAAACUCACUUUCAAACCAGGCAGUUAGGUGUUGGUCAACAUAGCAAAUCUAGGCGAUAAACUUGAACCUGCUACAAAAUCUGAUUGGGGAAAUCUUUUUCCCUUGUGUGAAAUUCCUGAUUGAGUGGAUUCAUAUUGUAAUUCACUGGACUUUGCCUGCUUAAAACCUUGCAGAACAACUCCAGGACAGUGUGACCUCACCCUGAAGAUAACAAACUAUCAGACUUUCAAGUCAUUCCAAAAACAACGGAGAUUGAUGGAGAAGCAUGACAAAUAAAAACAACGUGUUCUAAAAUCACCUUAAAAUGUCAACAGGUUUGAUACUCUUCAAACGGAUUGGAAUCAUGCUCUGAAGCUAAAAAAAAUCAGUCUGUAUCCAUUUUACACUAUGCAAAUUUCUGUGAAAUCUGUGACUGCCAAAAUCUGCAGUCUUUCUGUAAUUUGUGUCAUUCUUGUCCAGAUGGUGAAUCAGGGCAAAGAUCUGAGAAAAAGUUGUGCAGUGUAUUCCAGCCUUUAAUUACUGCCAGUUGGAAACUAUGUGCGAGUGACUACAUUAUUUCUGUGAGGUACCAAAGACAUGAGGAGUUGUAGCUAAUUUGCUAUCAAGAGGCGUCUCUCCUGUAAAUGGCUGAUGGUUUCUAUGGAAACUUCCACUUGGCUAAUAGCAGCCCUUUUACACUGGAUUCUCAUCUACUGUCAACACUGUGAAAACACGUGAUGUUCACUUUAAGGACCACAUGAAAUGAGAAGUCCUUUUCUACUGAUUAGUCAUAAUUAGCAAUUAAUAUAUAUGUAGGUUUAGAUGUGCUUUACGAAUUACCAUUUUGUAGCUGGUUUUAAGUGUAUAUUACAAGAAGAUCCAAAGCAUGUUCAGACCCAACACAAAAGGAAAGUCAUACUCCAUGCCACCUAACAAUCAGUCAAAAUCUAGCAAAACUGAUUUGUUUAAAGGUGUCAUGAUGCAAUUUCAAGUUUUCCUUCUUCUUUGGAGUGUUACAAGCUGUUCGUGCAUAGAUAAGAUCCCUAAAGUUGCCAAGACUAAAGUCUCAAACCCAAAGAGAUUCUUUAUAAAAGUUAAAACUUGUCCACACCCUCUUUAAACACCUCGUUUAAGCACGCCCCCACGUCUAUGUCACUGUGUGGGAAGACUAUGAUUCUCGCUCUAGUAUUUUUGCUGCCGCCACCAUGUUAGACGUGGAGACGCUGUGUGUUUCAUUGUGAAAGCAAAACUUUGUUUGGUUUUCCAAAAGAGGACACCACUAGAUAUCAUUGGUUAAGUUGUAUUUACAACACUGUUCCAGAACAGUUCAACCCAAAUAUUCAAAUGUAGGCAGUGCAUUUUAUGGAGGAGUGUUUUCUGAACCUGGGAAGGCAGUGCACAAAGGCUGUUUCAAUUCCAACUUUGAAAGAACAGUCUGGUGCUUCUGACUCACAGUCUGUAAUUACGUUUACAUAUUUAAAGAAUUUGCCACUGACGAUUCAAACACAAGUUUUGAGCAGUGUAGAGUAGCGCUUAUUGUUUGUCGUUUCUCCAGUCACAACAUGGUUUUAUGUUUACGCGGCGCAAUACGCAAUGCAACUUGUGCAAACACAGUAUAAAUCAUUAUAAUCAGUAAUUAUGUCCCCACUGGAUACGACAAACGCCUAAUUUUUAAUGAGUUUUAUCGCUUUUGUCUUGUCGCCUGGGGACACACGGCAUCGCUGUAUGUUUAGGGGCGUAGCAUUUUCGUCACACGCUUGAAGUAUUUAGCCAAUCACAACACACUGGAGAACUGGCCAAUCAGAGCACACCUUGCUUUUCAGAAAGAUGAGCUUUGUAAAAAAUCAACACGUUUCAGAAAGGCAGGACAUAGAGGAGCAACAGUAAUGUACAUUAUGUGGAAAAUAAUGUGUUUUGUGAAACAUUAAACUGCAUAAACACAUUAAUGUUCUUUUUAGCAACAUCAUAUGACCCCUUUAAAGUAAUUGUCUUUUUAAGUUAUUUGAGUGACUUGACGAACUUUAAAAGAAACAAACAAAAAGAAAAUGGUUUAAAAAAGGGAUGGUUCACCAAAAAAAAUUCAAUUGUCAUUAUUUACUUACCCUCAAGUUGUU